AUCCCAUUCUCAGUCAAUAAAUAUCUCUCUCCACAAAAGAAUAUCCUAGAAAAGCAGCAUACUCGGGCCCACCUUUUUCCCUUCCUCAUCGAUUCCACAAAAACGAAUGUAGAUUUAACCCAAUUAGACUUAGAACCAUCCGCGCAUUUAUUGACAGAUUAACCCGUUAUUGUUCUCACUACGUUCCAAAAUCGACCUGGUUCCCCCUAAUCAUUCUCCACCCAAUUCCCACAGUUUAAAACAGCAUUAAAGCCCGUUUGCUUCUGUGGAGACGCAAGCUGUUAGCAGAGUCGCGUUAGUUUAUUGAUGUGGGUCUGUUGUGGAUUAGAUGAUGGAUACCUUAUUUAGGGUAGUCAAUUUUAAACAUCAACCUCAAUCUGAUCAAUCCCUCAACUCCUCCACCAGUCUCGCUUCUAGCAGCUCCAAAUCUUCCGCACAAAACUUCUGCUACCCCCCACCACCAGACGAAGAAUGCUUCAGCCUUUUCAUGGAUGAAGAAGACUUGUCCUCGUCUUCUUCUAAGCACUACUAUCCUUGUCAUCCCCAGCCUUCCUCCACUACCACCCCCAGUACCACCGCUGAUUUUUCCUUCUCACCCACCGGUGACUUCAACCUCGAAUUCUCCGGCAACGGCAAGUGGGCUUCCGAUAUCCUCCUUGAAACAGCUCGCGCCAUUGCCGACAAGAACAGUGCUCGUAUCCAGCAACUCAUGUGGAUGCUCAACGAACUCGCCUCCCCUUAUGGCGACACUCAUCAAAAACUCGCCUCUUACUUCUGCCAGGCCUUGUUCGCCCGCAUGACCGACUCUGGCCUCCGUACCUACCGUACCCUAACCUCCGCAUCUGACAAAAACUGCUCUUUUGAAUCGACCAGGAAGACCGUCUUGAAGUUCCAGGAGGUCAGCCCUUGGACUACCUUCGGUCACGUCGCUUCCAAUGGCGCCAUCUUGGAAGCCCUCGAAGCUGAGCCUAAAUUACAUAUACUCGAUUUCAGCAAUACUUAUUGCACCCAAUGGCCUACCCUUUUAGAGUCCUUGGCUACUCGCACUGACGAUGCCCCGCACCUCCGUUUAACCACCGUCGUCACCAGCCGACCUGGUGGUUCCACUGCGGCAGUUCAGAAAGUCAUGAAGGAAAUAGGUGCUAGGAUGGAGAAAUUCGCGCGUCUCAUGGGUGUACCCUUCAAAUUCAACGUCAUCCACCAUACCGGUGAUCUUUCAGAGUUGAACUUUGCCGAAUUAGAUAUUAAAGAUGAUGAGGCUUUAGCUAUAAACUGUGUGAACGCUUUGCAUUCUGUCUCAAUUGUUGGUAAUGGUAAUCAUCGUGACGCGUUGAUAUCCUCGUUUCGGAGAUUACAACCUAGAAUAGUUACAAUAGUGGAAGAAGAAGCCGAUCUUGAUGUUGGGUAUGAUGGUUUUGAGUUUGUGAACGGGUUUGAAGAAUGCUUGAGGUGGUUUAGGGUUUAUUUUGAGGCGUUGGAGGAGAGCUUCCCGAAGACGAGCAACGAAAGGCUCAUGCUUGAGAGGGGGGCAGGACGGGCGAUGGUUGACUUGGUGGCCUGUGAUCCGUCAGAGUCAGUUGAGCGACGGGAAAGCGCGGGAAGAUGGUCGCAGCGUAUGCAUGGGGUUGGGUUCAAUACGGCGUCGUUUAGCGACGAGGUGUGCGACGAUGUGAGGGCGCUUCUGAGAAGGUACCAGGAGGGGUGGUCAAUGACACAGUGCUCCCACGCCGGAAUAUUCUUGUCGUGGAAGGAUCAGCCGGUGGUGUGGGCCAGUGCAUGGAAACCUUGACGACAUGAUGCCAUGAGCGUGAUGUAUUCGCACGUGCUCUCGGUUUUUUUUCGCACGUGCGUGGGGCUAAAUAAGAGUCUGUCUGCGAUGUGUAUUUUCUUUCUCAUUUCUUAAUUUAAAUUUAUUAGGUUACGAAGACAUAGGGAUUGAGGAUGGUUGGGAGAUGAACUGGCUUGUGUCAAAAUUCGAAAAGGAAUGAAGCACAUUGGUUUUCGAUA